UCUGCUCUGGUGACCGCUGUCUCACGUCACCGAUGUCAAUGUUUAUUAUUGAGUUUUAAAAUAUUAAAAUUGAGGAAGAAUGUCCCUUUUCCCCGCAUAUUCAACUGGAAGAAAUAUUCAAGAUUCAAGUUCCAGCGAUGUCGAGGAUUUAUCCAAAGACAAUUCAAACACAUGGCUCACUAAUUCAAGUUUCAAAUCAGAAAUCGCCUUCACAAGACCAGUAAUUUAUAUAUCAUCAACCUCAUCUGAAGAUGAUUCUAUCCAAAUAUUAUCCUACCCGGAAGUAGAAAAAGUUCCUGAUAAAGCAAUAGCUUUAAUUAGUGAUUCGAGUGAAGACGAGCGUCAGAAAUCUAAAAAGCGUCAGAAAAAGAAAAAGAAAAAGGGCAAGCGGAAAGUUAAGACAGAAAAAAAGUAUGAAAAACAGGUUGAAAAUGUAUAUACAGAGGAUAAAAUUCGUGAUAAGAGAAUGUGCACUGUGGAAACUCUAUGUUCGAGAGUCAGACCUUAUUAUAAUUCCUCGCAAAGAAAUCUAGGUUUUAUUUCUGCAAAAUACUCAAAAAAGAAGGCUUUUCCUAGAUAUUAUCUUACCAAUAUUGAUGCACAAAAGGCCAAAAAGCAUGAUACAGUUAUUAAAAGAACAAAAUCUCUUGAGAAGCCUGAAGAGCCUUUGCCUGAAUGGUGUGUGAAUAUUGAUGAGGAGCGAAAAAAUAGAACGCAGGAAUUCAAUGAGAAAUUGGAGGAAAAUCCACACGAUGUCGAAUUGUGGCUUCGAUAUGUAGAUUUUCAGGAUGUUAUUGUGACUUAUCAACCUUUAAGUACAAAUUCACGAUUGGCGUGUCAAAAAAAAUUGGCUAUUGUUGAGAAGGCUUUAGAGAAAAAUUCGGAUUCCGUUGAGCUUUUAAAAACAAAAUUAGCACUUAUGUUGGAACUCACACCAGCAGAUCAAUUUUCGACUGAUGUUGAUGCCCUUCUCGACAAAGACUCAGGAAAUAUUAUUUUCUGGCAAGCUCUAAUUAUGGCCAAUCAGUCUUCAGUUGCUUUGUGCACGGUACCAAGUGUGCUGAAUUUAUUCACCAGAUGUUUUUUCAUUCUUCGACAACGGUCGAGAACAAAUUCUCGUAUCUACGAUACCCAAAUUUUAGGAAUGACCUACCAAUGUUUAACGUUUCUUAGACAUGGAGGAUUUUGGGAACAGAUGUGGGAAACAAUAAGGAUGAACCUUUGCCUGAAUCUUAAUCUCAGUAAAGAGAGUCUGCGGUUUCAAAGUUCAAUAGAUGAAAAGAAUCUUAUUGGGUUAGAGGAAGUUAUACUGACAUCAAAAUUGCCGUUAAAUCAAUUGUGGCUUCGAGUGGAAUCGCUGAGGGAAAGAUGUCACUGGAUCAGUGUUACAAGUGAUCAACUCGAAUUAGUUGGCGAUUCAAAGCGAUUUGUUUUAUCAGAAGAUGUCGCUGAUUUCGUUCAUCCAGUGGUCUCUAAUCAUUCAAAUUUUCAACUGGCAGUCUACGCGCUACUUUCUUUGAAAGUUCCUCUCUUGCCGACUCGCUACAAUACACUCAAGGACUUGGGUUUAAAGGAACUGAAUUGGAUUUUUGAUUCUUCAGAAGUUUUACUGCCCCUUGCUUAUCCUUGUGUGGGAGAAAUGACUGGCCAUCUUAAAAGAAAAUCUCUAAUCGAAAACGUGAUAGAAGGACAGUUAACAUCGGGGCCCCAAUUUUUGAGAUUCCACCCAGCUCAGGAACCUUAUUUAGAUUUUGUGAGAUCCGCAUUUCGAGUAAUUGCUGAUGCUCUGCCGUCUUCUCAGCGAACAAGUAUUUAUGUCUGGUGGUUACGAUUCGAAAGACUGCUGGUUUAUUUCGGAAAAGAUGAUCCACUCAAGAGCGACAAUAGAGGAAAAAAGUUGAAAACGAUACUGAAGGAAUUUUUGAAAAAGUCUGAAAACCGAAGUAACUUGCACUUUUAUCGAGAAUUCGCUUUAAUAGAAUACGAACAAGGACGUUUUGAUAGCUCUCUCAGUAUUUUGAAAACGGCUCUUCAAUCCGAAAAUUGUUGUCCAGCAACAAUGUCGAAUACAGAGGAAAAAUCUGCUGUUAUGAGUAUAUUCAGAUCUCUUUUUGAGAUUUUACUCAACUCGAAAACCUAUCAAGAGACGAAUAAGAGUCACUUUAUCAAAAUUGCGCGAUUGUUGGUGCCACAAAAUGCAGAAAAUCGUUUGCUAGCAGCUGAAAAUUACUUGCGAGAAUUUAUUGAACAAUUUCUUUCAAAUGAAGCGCCCGAAGAAUCUGAAGAUGCCUUUUUCAUGCCUAGUUUGGCCUGUGACUCGAUCACAUGCUAUGUGUAUCUUUUAUUCGUUGAGGAACACGAUAUAGUGGAAAUUUUGGACGUUUUUGAAAAAUGUCUUGGCCAUUGUAAAGAAUCUCCACGAUUACAGGAACGCUUGUACGAGAGUCAAUUGGCACUCUUGCAGCUUUAUGCAGAAAAGUUUCCUAAUUCUAGAAGCCAUUUGAAAAAUGUGCUGGGCGAUGGAAUGAGAUCGUAUCCGGACAAUUUUUAUAUUCUUUCUGUAUUUGCUGAUGUGGAAUAUGAAUUGCCAACCUGGAGACAAACAAGCAAAAUUGGAAAGAUUCGAUUAUGGCAAGCGAUAACUAUGUGCUUAGCCGAAAAUGCUAAAAUAAAAUGCUUAAAAAAAGCUCAGCUCAUCGAUACUGCAAAAGCUCGUCUCAACAAAUUAUUGUCGUUUCAUCGGAAACUUUCACGCGAUCCUGACAUUCGACACUGUCCACUUUUGUGGAGAUUGUUUAUGCUGCUGUUAAGGGAAGAAAAUCUCUGUGAAAAGAGAGGAGAUGAAAUUUAUCACGAAAGUGUUUCCCAUUGUCCGUGGGCAAGAAGUAUUUAUAUUGAUGCAGCAGAAAUUGCUCCACAACAACUCACUGAAAUCCAAGAUGUGAUUCGUGAGAAAGAAUUAAGAAUUCAUGUCACGCCCGAAGAAUUGGACAUUCUAAGAGGAUGAUUCUGUAUAUAUUUUUUCUCAUUCUAAAUUAAUUUCAAUUAAAUAAAUAUUUAUUUUAUAUAUU